CAAUAAUAGUGUGAUAUUAGUAAGUCAUGUAUAUGAGAUUAGAAAAGAAUUUCCCAGUUUCUCACCCUAAAACUUUUCAGGGUUGGCACCAUUAUGGCAUCUUGAAUGAUCUUCUUGGUGAUGGGAUCUUCACAGUUGAUGGAGAGAAGUGGACAAGCCAAAGGAAGAUAUCAAGUUACGAAUUCUCCACCAAAAAUUUAAGGGACUUUAGUAGUGCAGUUUUCAGAACUAGUGCGGUAAAGCUUGCUCAAAAAGUAUCUGAAGCCGUGACCUCAAAUCAAGCAACAGAAAUUCAAGACUUAUUUACGAAAUCAACACUGGAGACAGUAUUCAAGAUUUUACUAGGCGUGGAUCUCGACACUACAACUGAAGAAGGCAUUCUGUUUUCCAGUUCUUUUGAUGAAGCUAAUGCAGUAACGUUUUAUCGCUACGUUGAUGUGUUUGGGAAAGUGAAAAGAUUUCUAAACAUUGGGUCAGAAGCAAAUAUGAAGAAGUGUAUUAAAGUGGUUGAUGAAUUUGUAUAUAAAAUUAUUAGAAACAAGACAGAACAGACGACCAAGUUGCGAGAUGACAGCAGGGUGAUGAAAAAAUCUGACAUUCUGUCUAGGUUCCUGGAAAUGAACGAAACGGAUCCAAAGUACCUUAAGGACAUAAUCCUUAGCUUUAUAAUUGCUGGCAAAGACACUACAGCUAGCACACUUUCCUGGUUCUUCUAUAUGAUGUGCAAGUACCCUCUCCUACAAGAAAAAAUUGCAGAGGAAGUCAAGAAAGCAACCGGAAUAAACCAGAAUUCAAGUAUUGAUGAGCUAGCUAAGAGCAUUACUGAUGAUGCACUGGAUAAAAUGCAGUAUUUCCAUGCAUCAUUAACUGAGACGCUCCGAUUAUACCCUGCAAUUCCUGUGGAUGGCAAACUGUGUUUAUCAGAUGACACAUUGCCUGACGGGUUCAGAAUAAUGAAAGGGCAUGCUAUCGCAUAUCAACCAUGGGCUAUGGGCAGGAUGAAAUCUUUAUGGGGUGAUGAUGCAGAGGAUUUCCGGCCAGAGAGAUGGUUUGAUGAAAAUGGUUGCUUUCGGCAAGAAAGUCCCUUUAAGUUCACAGCCUUUCAGGCUGGGCCAAGAAUAUGUCUAGGGAAGGAAUUUGCUUACAGGCAGAUGAAGAUAUUUUCAGCAGUGCUGCUGGGGACCUUUAGAUUUAAGCUAAGUGAUGAAGAGAGAAGAGUUAAAUACAGAACCAUGCUAACUCUUCACAUUGACGGAGGAGAGAAGAGUUAA